GCGUGGAACUGGAAUGUGGGGCUUCUUCGAACUAGAACGUGUUUGCGAUAUGUAGAGGCCCUUCUUCUUCAUCAGUCAUGGAAAAAGAAGGUAGGGUUCUGUUCUUUGUUCGCCGUUGACGGCUGUAAUUGCCUUCUGGAUCUGUCGGAGAUCGAGAAGGUUCUGAUGGAUAUCAAAGCUGACGACGUUAAGGUGAUACCGGUUCCCAAGCACUGCGAUUGGGCCGAUUUCAUGGUUCUCGCCACUGGCAGGUCCACCUGGCACGUCAACAACAUAGCCCAAGCCCUAAUUUACAAGGCCAAACAGAAACAGAGACGAAUGAUGCUACCGAGUGUAAAAGGGGAAGAGGGAGGAAAGUGGAUAGUCAUUGACUCUGGUAUCUCGUGCUUUUGUAAUCAUUUUUGUGUUCAUUUUGUUGAGUUUAGAAAAUCCAUUAGGGGUCGUUUGGACAAUCUUCUAGUUUUUUUCGGUUAAAAUUAAUUUAUAUGUAUCCAAAUUUGUAGAAUUGUUCUUAUAUAACUUUUUGCUUUUGUUUUUUUUAUCUUUUACUUUGUGCAAUGAGCUAAUUUAACUUACCUUCUCUUUUUUUAUUUUUUCUCACCUAAAGUCAUUUUGAAGAAAUUUGUCUAAACAGAACUCCAAGUAAAGAAAAUUGCAGUAGCGAUAAUGGCUGAUAACAUAUACAAUGUCAUGAAUUAGCAUCUUGACUGCAUUUGCUAAAUGUUCUGUUCUUUUAAGAAUGUUAGGUAUUCACAGGCCUUUACAAUAAUUAAUUUUUACGAAGAACUAGUUUACUAUCUUUAAUGGAGUCUUCUUUUUCAGAGAGGUUUAUUCCAUCCACACAAUAGAUGUUGUGUGAUGUUAUAAAUUAGUAAACCAAUAUGUUGAAACUCACAUUAGAGAGCUACUGAUGCAGUUUAAGUCGAGACUUAUACUCUAUCCUAGCUAAUUGAUCUACCUCUGUGACAAAUUACUAGUUCGUUAGUACUAGAAAGUUGUUAAAUUAACUUGUUGGUUCCACAACAUUAUUGUCUUAGCGUAUGUUGCUCUGCGUGACAUUCAUUAAAUCAAACAAGGUAAUGAGUUUAGUCUCAGCAUGGUAUCAGUUUCUACACUCUACAACCUCUGAUUUUCUUUCUUGCACUUAUUCCAGUUUCUUCACUGGUGAAUGGAGCCAGCGAAUUACCAUUCUUGGAUGAUUAGGGAUGACAAGGUAAGACGGGUGCUG